GGCAUCCUCGACCUGGCCAGCCAUGCUGAUCCUGACCUGCUCUUCCAAGCUGCAGCUGCUGGAGAGAGUGUUGCGAAAGGGGCUCCCCGAAACAAUGCUGGUCUGUGGGGCAGUGAUGCACAUCAACCGUGGAAACCCAGCUCAACAUGAAGUCGUGGUGGACUCUUGGCCAGAAUUUAAAGCUGUUCUUACCCGACCACAGAAGGAGGUGGUGAAGGACAACAGGGAUUAUUAUGCCAACCUGCAUGCUGCUUUCUAUCGGGAGGAAGAUGCCUGCAGAACCCUCCUGGAAAACAAAGAUGCCGUAGACUGGGACAAAGCUUUCCAGCUGCAAGGUCUCCAAGAUGGGCUCUAUCAGGCUGUGAAAGUCAUGGCAGAGGCUAGAAGUGUCCACAUGGAGCCCCAUUUUUACCAGGCAAUGCUGAACCCAGAUGCAGCCACGUUAUGUCAGAACCAGCUCAGAAGUGACCCCCUCCACUUGGGGACGCUCAAUCCAUCCCAUGCAGCCCUACUCAAUGACACUUAUGAAUUUGGAGGCAAUGAUCGGAGCCUGCGCUACCUCAGGAGCCUGAUUGAGGACUUCCCAAAUGCUUGCCUCCUAGAUCAGAAAGGGCAGCUGGUUGCCUGGAGCCUAAGUGAUGCCCUUGGGUGUCUGACCCAUGGCUAUGCACUUCCUGAGUUCCGGGGAAAGGGUUAUAUGAAAACAGUGAUGCAGGCUUUAGCCAGAAAAUUGCAUACUAAAGAUUUUGCCUUGUAUACGAGAGUUCGGUCAGAGAACGAGAUCUCCAAGCAACAUUUAAGGGGCCAGGGUUUUCAUCUCUUGCCUUGGACAAAGUAUGUCCUUUUUUUCCAUUCCAAAUCACAUGAAACAGCAGGGGCAGCAUUCAAGUUUCUUUAGAUGGGGAGGUUGGAGGUAACGUUCACACAGAGAUGUAAGGAACUGUGUCUGGAUAUAUUCAAGUUUAAGUCAGAAAAGGAUUACAAAAACCAGGAAUAGCUAUAAAUGAAUAACUGUGCAUUCUAAAAUACAAUCCUUGUGACCUUUAAUAGCCCAUAGAUAUUCCUUAGCAUUCAUUUUACACCAUAUCUGGAUCAAGGGUGGGAUUCAAAAAUUUCAGCAUACGGGUUCUCUACCCAGUUGCUGGCUGGGCGUGGCCAUGGAGGGCAUGACAUAGUCAGCCUCCUGCACCAUGGCGGCAGCAGGGAGGGAGGAGUUUUUUACCUUCCUCAGACUCCGGAGGCUUUCCUCGAGCCUCUGGGAAGGAGAAAACUGCCUCCUCUGGGCUCCAGAGGGAGGCCCG